GAGGCCUGGUUGUGGAAGAAUGUGCAUCGUCGGGUGAUCCAUAGCAUUGGCCACUCUUCUCUCAUCCCGUCAGAGGCCUCGGUUUCUAGCGAUUCAGGUUACGAACUGGUUUGCAGCUACAACUGGGCAGUUGGUCAGGAUGAAAAGAUCCACAUACCUGGUAAGCUUGAAGUGCCUGGGGAGCACAACACACAUGAGUAA